AUGAGGUUUGCUCCCGCCUGGAUCAAGCCGAACUUUGUCCCCGUGGCGGAGAAAGGCCCGGGUAGUGACUCCGAAGCUGCUGCACCGACCAGCGAGGAGAUCAUUGCUAAAGAUGUUGGACUGUCAUCGGAAACCCCUGCCCGUGAAUCGUCGGAAUCUGAAGGCGUCGACCCCAAUGCUCAAACUGGUGUGCAAAAGAUUGAAGCGACCACCUCUGUCUGGACCAAAAAUCAGCUGAUCAUCGCCUACCUUUUAAUCUUCGUCAUCUAUUUUGUCGACUCGAUGCAGCAACAAAUCACGGGAGCUUUGACUCCCUUUGUCACGAGUUCUUUUCAAUUACACUCCCUGACAGCGACGACGAGCAUCCUGUCUCAAAUCAUUGGCGGCCUCAGCAAGCUCCCACUGGCCAAAAUUCUCGAUAUUUGGGGCCGUCCACAGGGUUUCAUCGUCAUGGUCGUCUUCCUGACUAUCGGAUUGAUCAUGAUGGCGGGCUGCAACAAUGUGGAAACCUACGCCGCCGCUCAAGUCUUCUACUGGGUCGGUUACAACGGGAGCACAUAUGCUCUCAGCAUCUUCGUCGCCGACACGUCGCAUCUAAAGAACCGAGGACUGAUGUUUGCCUUCGCCUCGUCCCCUUAUAUCGCUACCACCUGGAUCGGGGGCCCCGCGGCCGAGAGUUUUGUGAACGGGGCGGGCUUUAGAUGGGGAUUCGGCACUUUUGCCAUCGUGUCGCCCGUCAUCGCUCUCCCACUGUUCUUCCAAUUCGUGUACAACUACCGCAAAGCGAAGAAAGCCGGACUGAUGCCUGCCCGCGAGAGCGAUCGGACAAUGCUGCAAUCAAUCAAGUACUACGCCAUCGAAUUUGACCUGAUGGGUCUCCUUCUGAUCUCCGGUGGGUUGGCUCUGUUCCUUCUGCCUUUUUCACUCUACUCCUACCAAUCCGACGGCUGGCGCUCGCCAAUGAUCAUCUGCAUGAUUGUUUUCGGCGGUUUCUUGCUUAUCGCAUUUGGCUUGUGGGAGAAGUACUGGGCCCCCCGGAAGUUUAUUCCCUGGGAACUUUUGGCCGACCGAACGGUGAUGGGGGCCUUUAUUCUGGCAGCCGUCUUGUUCUUGAGCUUCUAUAUCUGGGAUUCGUUCUUUUAUUCCUUCCUCAUCGUCGUCAACAACCAGAAUAUCACCCACGCCUCCUACAUUUUCAACAUCUACAGCAUCGGGGCUUGUUUCUGGGCCGUCAUUGCCGGGUUGUAUAUCCGGUGGCGAGGUCACUUCAAGAACAUCGCCUUGUACUUUGGUGUGCCUUUGACUAUCCUGGGGGUGGCUCUGAUGAUCCAUUUCCGUCAGCCGGAUCAAGAUGUGGGAUAUAUCAUCAUGUGCCAGAUCUUCAUUGCAUUUGCAGGCGGCACGCUCGUCAUCUGCGAGCAGAUCGCCGCCAUGGCAGCGGCGUCACACCAAUAUGUGGCGGUGGUGAUUGCUGUGGAGGGCAUGUUCUCUUCUGUCGGUGGUGCUAUUGGCAACACCAUUGCGACCGCGAUCUGGACCGGCAAUUUCCGAGACAAGCUGAUAGAAUACUUACCGCCUUCAGCGCAAGGCGAUGUGGAUGCCAUCUACGGCGAUAUCACAGUCCAAACGUCAUACGCGGUGGGGACACCAGAAAGAGAUGCCAUUAACAAGGCCUACAGCGAGACGCAGAAGUUGAUGCUGAUUGCUUCUACCGCCUUCCUGGCUCUAACCAUCGUUUCCGUGGCCGUGUGGAGGAAUAUUCAGGUCAAAGACUUCAAGCAAGUCCGAGGUCGUGUGGCAUGA